GAUCUAACAUGGUCACAAGAGAGGGCAAGUAUGGACAACUUUCAGAGCCGUGCCCUCGCCCUGUUGUCGGUCUCGGACAUGGAUACUCAAGUAAAAAAUCGCACCCCUUUUACAAGAUAAAACCGUGGCUCGAGUGGUGGCUUCGUAAUACUCAUGCUCAGAGCUGUUUCCACCAUUUCAGAAGAUGAAGAAGGGUCUAUACCAGGCAAUAGGUCUCUAACUUGUGUAAUUGACACGUGGCCCCUUAUUCAGCGAUAACCCUGAUGCCACGUCUUCCGACAAGUUAUCCGAAGUUGUAGCUCCUUCGCUGCCGGCUGAAAAUGUGCGCCUGUUAAACGUCGACGUGCUUCGCAGAGGGCCCAGGAAAAGAAAAUAAUAAUUGGCUGAUAUAGCUAGUAGUAUGUGUCCAUGUUAGUGGCUGGGUC